CAACGCAACAGGAAGUCGGCCACUUUGAAUUUUGGCGAUUUGCACACUUUGCACUCUUUUCAGUUCCAACCAUCAGCAGAAUCCUCUGCUGCCACUACAGACUGCACAUGAAGAAUAUCUGAGGGUCCAGAAAGUGAAGCCAAUGCAGAAGUGCCUGAAACAAACAUUCUCUUGAAUGGCCACCAGGGGGCAAAGCAAAUGGCCACCAGGGGGCACUACCAAAAACGAAUUUGACGUCGCGUUUUCUUCUCAUUUCGAGGUGAAUUAGCCGUGUAGCCUUAUUCAUUACACAACUUGUUCUUGGACAUUUUCUAACUCUCAUGAAAAGAUUCAGCUCGUGACUCUGACCUUGUUUCAAGUUUUUCAGCAGUGAAGUAAUAGUUUCGAAGCUGAAACAAGAGAGUAGCCAUGACGUCAUAACUUCCCGUUGCCUCGCUGAGACUCUGUUGCAAUCAAUUCUUUUGUUUCCUCUUUUUUUCUUUUUCUUUUUUGAAAAUGGCUGGAGUUGCACGAGUUCCUGCCAAAUUGUGGUAUCAAUAUAUAUUAAAGUUGACAUUUUCUCGCUUGCAGAGAGGCGGGAAGAGGAUCCUUCCAUUUGUUUUCAACAGGUUUGCCUUUUUUUUUUCCGGCCCAUCUCAGAUAAGAUCCAGAGACACACACACACACACACACACACACAGUGGGAGAAGGUCACAAUUUGCCUAUCACAGUCACUGUCAUUUGCAUCUUUAAAAAUAAUGUGAACACAGGCUGCUUUCAGCCAGAGACUGCCUGUUUGGCUCGUCCAGUGUGCAGAAGACUUUACAGCAGCAGAUGGAAAGGAGAGGAAAGGAAACAGAGAGACAUAAGAGCGAGGAAGGCAACAAGAGGAGGCAGGCAUAGAUUCACUUCAGUGUGAGUAUGUGUUGUUUCUGACAGUGAGGCAGGAGGAGAAGAAGGAGGAACAGGGAGAAGAGGAGGGGGAGGGGGAGGAAGGGGGUGCUUCCUCUUGAGUCUGGGCUGAGCUGCUGAUGUAUCCCAGCAGCCCCAGUCCAUAGCAACAGGAAACCUUGGUAUAUAAAGCCCCAUCGCAGGGGGAACCCUCCUAAGUAUCUCGCAGCCGCAGCAUGACCAGCAUCGAGAACCUGAGAGUGUGGACUUAAUCAAACAAUGAGCAGCCUAAUCACCGAAUCACUCAACACCCAGCACUUCAUCAUGGACAAAGAUGACAGGAGGAGAAACAAGAACAUAGGAAAGGACUUCAUGUGUCGACUCCAGUGCAUGUUCUCACACUCAUCAGGCUCAGAGAGGCUAAGUUUAGAAGAUGUCCAACAAUGGUCACAGUCACUGGAAAGGCUUCUCGAGUCUAAAUACGGAUUGGCUACCUUCAGCUGCUUUCUCAAAUCCGAGUACAGCGACGAGAAUAUUGAGUUCUGGCUCACCUGUGAGGACUACAAGAAGAUCAGGCCUUCAUUCAGAAUGUCCUCGCGAGCCAAGAAGAUUUACGAGCAGUUCAUCAAAACAGAAUCUCCUAAAGAGAUCAACAUCGACUAUCACACCCGAGAGCAGAUCAAAAGGAAUGUCAAGACUCCCACCAUGCACUGCUUUGACGACGCUCAGAAGAUAGUGUUCGGGCUGAUGGAGAGAGACUCGUACCCGCGGUUCCUCCGCUCUGACGUUUACAGAACUCUCCUGGAGAGCCUUGCCACCGACGCAACAAAGGGAUGAAAGCAAAGUCAGCGGGUUAAGAGGGAGAGAAAGGACGUUGAGAAAAGAAAUCCAUAACUGGAAUGUCUGAGCUCCUUCCAGGGGAAGAACUGACAACAAAGAAGGCAGGAGAGUCACACAGAGGCCUCACACCUCACAAUGAGGGAGAGGCGCAAACCAUGACUCGACCUAUGACCCUGCAGCGUGCACGUGCAUUGGAUGAUAAGGCACAGAAUCCACGGGGUCACGGACGCCUGUACUGAGCGCGGAGCUGCGUGAGCGAACCGUGCAACGGACCUCCUUUGGCCUUCUUUGCAGAGGUGUUUCCUGUGCAGAUUACGAUAGAGGAUGUAUAAGAUGCAUCUGUUGAUUAGCGGUUGUGUGUGAGAGGGAGUGUGCGCAGUAUUUACUGGUGGCAUUUAACUGCCACUGACAUACGAUAAGCUGUCAGGAAGAAAAGAAAAGAGCUGUUCAAGACAGAUCUGAGGAAAUCAACAGGAAGCGGAAGAUGGCUACUACUGGGAUUCUUUUAAAGAGAGAAUCGUACUUUUCCUUUGUCGUUUUUCUGGAUUGGACUGAUUUGAGAGUCAAAAAUUCUAUUUUCUAGAUUUAGUCUGCCUGUGGGUGAUAUUUUGUUGAAAAUAUUUAUUAUCUUUAAGGUGAAAAUGCAACAAGUAAAGUAAAAGGGAUUUUUCUCAUGGAAAAUACUAGGGAUGAGUACUUUUUUUAUUUUUUUUUCUUAAAUGAUAACAGACAUAAUCUAAACAAACGCCUGCAUUAAACAAAUGGUGGCGUCGUCUUUAACUCUUCAGCACAUAAGAAUCCUGGCAACACUUGUGCGAGUGUCAACAGUUGUGAUUUUGUCUAAUAAACUGAGUGGAAAUGGAAUAGAAUUAGUAUGUUUUCACAUUGCAUGCGCACACACAUAGCAGGGCAUGCUCACUGCAUGCUCUAAAAAUAGGCCUGAGCGUUUGCUUUCCGAAACACGUCGUUUGAAUGUAUCCUUAGGGUCGUGAAGAGUGGAUUAACUUAAAAGCUAAACAUUGUUUUAUUUAUUGUAUCAUUUGAGUAGAACCUGUGUUGCAGUGUCAGUGUGCUUGUUUGAAUGUUAGUGAUUUAUUUCAAUUGCAUUAAAUUAUUUAGACUGCUUA